CCGCCAGUACGCCGGGGAACCAGCGGAAAUUGCGUACAAACCCAAGCGUCCUUUCUUCCGCGUUUCAGACGUGGCGCCGGUGGAGCUCAUUCAGCAGUCAGCCUCAUUUCCAGCUCUGGCUUUCCGAUUAAUCGACUCGACCCCUCUGGCUUGAACCAUGUGGAGGAAGGCAGCUGGAGUGGCGUUGUUGGCUUUUGCUCUGGGUUACCUUUAUCACACCAACUCCAACCUUCAGGAGUAUACGUACAAACUGGUCAGAGAAACCAUCAGCUCUCGGUCACUGUUCUCCUCACUGCAUGAACAUAGCACUGCAAACCUCGAAGAAUCCAUCUCCCGAGCCUGGGACGCCCUGAUCACCGCACCGUCCAAGCAAUGGGGUCGAAUAGCGGUCGGGGUCAACGCCUGUAUUGACGUGGUGGUCUCGGGCGUCAACUUGCUCCAGGCUUUGGCUCUUGACCCAGGAUCAGGACACGACCACGACGUGUUGCACUCCAAAGAGGACCUAAAAGAGGCCUUCAUUCACUACAUGGAACGAGGAGCGGCUGCGGAACGUUUCUUUUCCGAUAAAGUCAUCUUCCAAAGGAUCGCGAGGGCCGCUGCGGAGUAUCCUGGUGCUCAGGUGUACGUGGGAGGAAAUGCUGCUCUGAUUGGCCAGAAACUCGCUUCUUACCCAGAGCUGGUGGUUCUGCUGUGCGGCCCUAUUGGACCUAAGCUGCACGAAUUGCUGGAUGAACAGAUCGUCGUUCCACCACAAUCACUUCAGGAGGCUGAUGAGUAUCAUCUCAUCCUUGAGUACAAGGCAGGGGAGCAGUGGGGUUCGAGUAAGGCCCCUCAAGCAAGUCGCUUCAUCUUCUCUCAUGAUGUGUCGAACGGGGAGAUGAGCAGUUUAGAGACCUUUCUGGCCAGUCUGGAGGAGUUUCAGCCCGGUCUCGUGGUUCUGUCUGGACUCCAUAUGAUGGAGGGAAUGGGUCGUGAGCUCUGGGAGGACCGACUGAAAGAGUUUGCGGUCGCCAUCUCUGACGUCCGAAACGAAGCGCCCAUCCAUCUGGAGCUGGCCAGCAUGACCGAUCGAGAUUACAUGAGCAUCAUUACGAAGGAGCAGGUCUUACCCUUAGUGAACUCAAUCGGCCUGAACGAGCAGGAGCUGCUCUUCCUGACUCAGGCUGGCGGAGGUCCUCACGCCGAACUCCCCUCGUGGAACGGCAUUCCUGACGUGGGCCGCGUCUCUGACAUCCUCCUCUGGAUCCUAGAGCAGCACGGCAGAGCCGACAUGGAUUCCGAAGCCCAUCUGACCCGCAUCCACUUCCACACUCUGGCUUACCACGUGCUGGCCACGGUGGACGGAUACUGGGCGAACCAGCGGGGAGCCGUAGCAGCCGGGGCUCGCGUUGCCAGCACACAGGCUUGCGGUGUACGAGCUGUAGACGUCAGUAAGGUAGAGCUCAAAGCUCCGCUCAGCUUCAAUAGCUCUUUCUCAGAACCAAAAGAGGGCUUAGUUUUGGACCCGUCCAACCCGGUGACGGUGUGGCGAAGAGGGAACGUGUCCUUUUAUCUCAGUCCGGUACUCAUAUGCAAACAGCCGCUGCGGACAGUAGGUCUGGGGGACGCGAUCUCAGCAGAGGGACUUAUCUAUUCUGAGACCGUGCCCCAGUUGCACUCUGAUGACUAAAUCUGAAGAUCCCACAGGUCCAAUAACAAUGUCUUUAAAAACAUUUCCUUACCCUGAUCCUCUCUACAAAGCCUGCUGAGCAUCUGACCAGCCGGAGGGAUGUUCCUGUAGGUGCUCCUCCAUUCACUUAAGUCUUUAAUGUGAACAGUAUCGAAUAGCGGAGGAUGUUGUUCAUAGGUAAAGGAUUGAGAACCUCACUUCUUGUCCAAACACAGUACGUAGUCUUAAUCCGUUUGGUGAGUACUGUACUUCGUCCUACUUGAGACCAUAUUGCACUGAGUAGAAAAUACUGUUUUGUUUUUUGUUUUUUUCCCCCUUCACACUUCAUAGACAUUUUACUCCACUGACUACUACAACUUAGAUAUGAGAAGCAGAAACCCUGCGCUGCUAUGAAAUAAUAAAAAAAGGCAUAAGAAUCCCACGAGCCCCACACAAAAUCAAAUGCCUUAACCAGAUCCUCUUAUAUUCCCUCCUGGAUUUGUUUCAUUCAUCUUCUAACAUGAUAAAUCUAAUAGCGGUAGAUGAAAUGAACUAGAUAUCAAAUAGGCCAUAAGUUUUGACACCCUUACCCAGGAUAUUUUGUAAAAACUGCCACAAAAACCUUGUUCUUUAUGAAGUUUUACACAGUUAUGCCCUCUUUUUAACCAGGUUCAUGAAAGAGCUUAAUCCAGAAGGCUUUACCUCAAAUAAACCAAACUCCAAGCUGCGUCUCUUAAAAUCUACUACGUUGGAAUAAAUCUACUAGGUUGGGAAAAAAACCCGUUAUAUAUAAAAUAGGGUUGCAAAGGGGUGGGGAAUUUCCUGUAACUUUCUAUGGGAACGUUAUCUGGGGAUUUUUAAAAAUAGUCAAAAUUGGAAGCUUAACAGUAAUUUGAGAGAUUUUAAUGGCAAUUUAUCAUAUCUAAACAGAUUUUUUUUUUAAAUCACAUUUUUGCCUAUGAUUUUAUGGUUAGUAUAAUUUUCUUGCACAAUAGUGUUUACACACAGCACAAGGAAGUUUGUAUGUAAUUUACGUGGAUACUCGCCAAGAUGAUGUUUUGACAUGAUGUUUGUUCUGUUACGGAGGCACGCACAGUGCAUGUAGGGGGUGUGGCCUUAGCAGCCCUGCAGUAAGUGUGCUGUGUGCAUGUGAUUUAAGGAACGUGUAGGUCAGAAAUUCGAAUAAAAUUGCAAGAUUAUCCUGCAAGAACUACAACUUCCCAAUGAUGGGCUCCCCAGCAACUUUGCAAAUUGGCAGUUUUUUCCCAUAAAAAGUUUCUUAGUUCUGAGAAUUCCUGGAAUUUUGUAACCCUAUAUAUAAAUAAUAUAAAAAAUACCUGUAGUAUAGGUUUUUCUGAUUACUGAAAUGAUGUAUUCGUACCUACUUGAUUAGCAGUACACAUGCUUAUAGAAAUGGUGGCCAUCUUGGUGUUCUGCAUCAGCAUAUUUGUAAGAACACCAGCAUUCACUUCAUCCUCCGCAUGCUUUAGAUCAUUGUACUCACUUAAGUUAAAAAUACUUUUUUUUAACUUUUUUUUUUUUGCCGAACGGCUGAAAGAAAGUCCGGGAACUUGUUUAGUCACGUCCUGUAUUAUUCUUAUUUUAAAUCAGUUCGUAUCCUUACAUACAUAACAUUUUUAAUCUUGUGAAAAAGAAAAUCUGCCCUCAGUAUUGCACUCAGUAACUGACCGAUUUUAUGCUUGUUAGAAGACUUGAAGUUUCUUCUGAUGAGAAGAAACCCUUUUUCUUCUUCUGAUGCAGCAAAAUGCAGUACUGUAUGUAGGCUAGCUGUCAGAAGUGAAUGUUGAGACCGUUUCGUUUAGUCCUGAUGAAACAUUUAAGCUGGAGAAGAAAAAAUAAAUCCUCCAGACGUCUAGACGUCAACCCUGACAGGUCAAAAAGCUGCUACUAUAAGCGAAGUGAUUUAAGUUACAAGAUGUGAUCGCUGUAUCUAGCCUGGACCGACGAUGGCCAAAAAAAGCUGCACAUAUCACCGAGAUAUGAAACUGAUGCAAAUAUAUGGGUUUCUUUAUUUUCUUCCUGAAAUAAUGUCAUCAUUAACUUUAUACUUUCUUUUUUUAUUUGUCUUUCGACCAGCAUUUUGACUCAUCAUUUCUUUUUAAAGCCACUCCAUAUUAUUCUGAUAAGAACUGUACAUUAGUAUAUAAAUUAUGCAAAGUCUUCAACAUGAUAACAGGAAUAUUUAGGUUAUGGAAUAAGUCUUUUAAUUAUAUUUUCUAUCAAUAAAAUAUUUCGGUCGAUCCUAAA